CCGAAACUCCCGUGUGGAGCGAGCAGAACUCCCGUGUGGAGCGAGCAUUGGAGUAGAAACUGCUGCAAUCGCCUUAGGAAGACGAUAUGGAGGAAGAAGCAGAAGAAGUAGAAGCGAUGACGAUGAAGAAGUUGGGAUCGUAUGGUGGGGAGGUGAAAGUGUUAACAGUGGUGGAGUCGGAGUCAGAAUCGGCUGCGGAGGAGACGAUGCUGCUGUGGGGAAUCCAGCAGCCUACUCUCUCCAAGCAAAACGCACUCGUUUCCCAGUCCUCUCUUCAGCUCUGCCUCGACGCUUGUGGCCACUCCCUCUCCAUUCUGCAGUCCCCCUCUUCCUUGAGUACACCUGGAGUAACCGGAGCUGUGAUGUGGGAUAGUGGAGUUGUGCUCGGGAAGUUUCUAGAGCAUGCUGUGGACUUGGGGAUGCUUAUUCUUCAAGGCAAGAAGGUUGUUGAAUUGGGCUCUGGCUGUGGAUUAGUUGGCUGCAUUGCAGCUCUUCUAGGCGCCCAAGUUAUUCUUACAGAUUUGCCUGAUAGACUGAGGCUACUGAAAAGGAAUGUGGAAACCAACUUGAGACAUGGAGUACGAGGGUCUGCCGUAGUGAAGGAUCUCACUUGGGGAGAUGAUCCUGACCAAGAUUUGAUUGAGCCUCCACCCGAUUAUGUGCUAGGGUCUGAUGUUAUCUAUAGUGAAGGAGCAGUUGUGGAUUUAUUAGACACCCUAUCCCAAUUAUGUGCAACCCAGACAACAGUUUUUCUAUCUGGAGAGCUCAGAAAUGAUGCUGUCCUUGAAUACUUUUUAGAAGAGGCAUUGAAGGAUUUUGUAAUUGGCCGUGUGGAUCAGAAGCAAUGGCAUCCUGAUUAUUGCAGCCAACGAGUUGUUAUGUACAUCCUGGUGAAGAAGUGAAGAUUAGAAAAAAGGUUCUUAUGCAGUUAAUUUUUGCAUGGCCUAAUGCAACUUUUUGGAUAGAAACAAUGGGAAUGAGCAUAAUCUCCGCUUUGGAGUGCCGCAUUGCCAUAACUGUUAGGAACUUGAAAUUUUUCUUUGACAGAUUUGGCCUUGUGUGAUCAGUCUAUUCCCUAUUAUGUAUGUUCAAUCAGUCUGAGUCACUAUGCCACUAGACCACAAGGCUCAUGGUAGACUGAUUACGUUUGUUCUGGUGCCAAGAAAGAAAAAAAAGGAGGGGCAGCCAAACUGAACCAUGCUCAUGAGUUGGAGACAACUUGUCCAUCUCUACAGCUUGUAUUACACACGGAUUCCAAAAUGUUGGACUUUGAUGAACUGUGAGUUCCAGUGUCAGUUUUAGCAUGUAGGAAGUGAAAGAAUUGGCUUCUGAUUUUUCUUUUUGUAGUUUGUUUAAAACAGGUUAUGGAUAUUUCUACAUACCUGGUCAUAUGCAUCCUGUAUUAUUCACAAUCCCAUUAUGCAAUAAUUUGUUUGUGCAUUA